AAAUUGUAAAAAAACGACAUAUCGAUAACUUUUAUGUUACAUUUUAUUCGCUAGUACAACCCUAGGCAGCGUCUGAAAACGUCAAUCGUUAACUUUGACAGUAUCACAGAAUAAAUACACUGAAUUGUCACAACUGCAGCUGCAAGUGGCAUCGUGAUCGAGUGCACGGGAAUCUCGUGCGCUCCGGAGGGCCGGCGACAUGUGCGACAGUGAGCGAUCGAGGGUCAGUCAGGCGGAGGGCGGCGGACUGUAGCCUCGCGGGCCGGGCGCCUCCAUGGCGGGCCGCGAGGGCGUGCGGAGCAGCGCACGGUUGAGUGGCGGCGCAGCGGGUGCGGGUGGAGGAGCAGCGGACGAGGAUGUGGGAGCGGCAGAGCGAGAGGCAGCGCGUGUGGCAGCCGCGGCUUUGCGGAGAGCGCGAGCCCUGCGAGCCGCUGAGCGAGCGAGGGAGGUGGAGGACACUCCGCGCGUCCUGCGAGACAAGUGCCGCCGCCUCGCUCGAGCUCUUCGGGACGCCAAACACCUCGUGGUGUACACGGGCGCCGGCAUCAGUACGGCCGCAGACAUCCCCGACUACCGCGGGCCGCGAGGAGUGUGGACCAGACUCCAGCGCGGGGAGACUGUAGGGCGAGUGGAGGUCUCUCGCGCGCAGCCCACCUUCACUCAUAUGGCGUUGACGGCUCUGUGGGCGCGUGGCUCGCUCAAGUUCGUGGUGUCCCAGAACUGUGACGGCCUGCACGUGCGCGCCGGCCUGCCGCGCCGGGCGCUCGCCGAGCUCCACGGAGACAUGUUCGCGGAGCGCUGCGCCGCCUGCCGCCGGGUCUACCUGCGCGCCUUCGACACCACCGAGCGCACGGCGAGACACGCGCACGCCACCCGAAGACUAUGCCACGACUGCGGUCGCGAGCUGAGGGAUACCAUCGUUCACUUCGGGGAGCGAGGCCGAGCCUCCUGGCCUCUCAACUGGUCCGGGGCGCUCAGGCACGCGGCGGCCGCGGACGUGGUGCUGUGUCUGGGCUCCAGCCUCAAGGUGCUGCGACGUUACCCGCGACUCUGGCGCAUGCAGAGCGCUCCCCACCAGCGGCCGGCGCUCUACAUAGUCAACCUGCAGUGGACGCCCAAGGACGGAGUCGCGGCUCUCAAGAUCAACGCGCGCUGCGACGCGGUGAUGGCCCAGGUGGCGCGCCGGCUCCGUCUCCGGGUGCCUCGGUACUGCGAGCGGGCGGACCCUCUCCUCGCGCACGCCGAGCCCCUCGCCCCACCCGAGGCUCACACGACCCGCCGCCCGCUGCUGUCCAUCCCUCGCUCCUCGGCCGAGGACGACUCCGACACCUCCUACUACUCCCUGUCUUCUGCCUCAGCCACCGACUCGGACGAUGAAUUACCGCUGUGCCGCCUCGCCUCGCGCUCCUCUGCCGCCUGCCCCUCCCCGCCGGCUCCCCAGCCUCCCCAGCCUCCCCCGUCUUCCCCGCCGCCGCCCCCGGAGGACGUCAAGCCGUCGCUGCGAUCCUUUCAGAUCUCUGACUCUGUGCAGGUCAGCCUCCAGUCCGGGGAGACCACGAUCCUGCUCCGCGCGGAGCACGCGCCGCUGGAGCCGCCGCCGGCCGCCGCCCGGGCCGCCACCGAGGCGCUCCGCAGGUUCAGGAUGGUGAGGCCGCAGGGCUCCGUCCUCGCGGUCAACGGCUUCGGGACCCUCACCAACGGCCGGCGGAGCUGCGGGCUCCUGCCGGACGGGGAGACCGAGAUCAAGCUCGAGGGUCGUCCACCGCUCAAGACGGAGAAAGAGGACCCGGACGGGGCGGCCACGGACGGCGCCUGGGACUUCGGCGACCGGCUCAGGAGGUUGCUGGAGCUGUCCCCGCGGCUCGGACCCUACGGAGACAAGAUGCGGCGGCUGAAGGACGAAGAGCGGCGGGACGAGGAGGCGAGCGCCUCGCUGGCGGCCGCCAUCAUCCGCCGCGCCGUGCUCGUGUGUCGCGCGCAACUCUACCCCGGUCUCCACACCAUCAUCGCCCCGGCCGCGGGUCCACGGCCGCCGCGUCCUCCGCCCGCCCCGCCACCUCCGCUCCCUCUCCCGCCGCCGCCGCCGCCCGCCCCUCCGUCCGCCCCGCCGCCCGCCGAGUGCGGCUGGUGCGCGCGGCGCUACUCGUCCCGCCGCUGCCUGUGGUACGGCGCGACCCGCUGCACACCGCCGGAGCGCCGGGCGUGGCGCCGCGAGCGAGGACGCCGCUACCUGUGCGCGUGCUGCGGACCGGACGGCGAGGACGAGCCUCCGCCCGCCCCGGACCGGACCCUGGACGACGGAGGCUGGUACGGGAAGGGAUACAGGAAGGGCAGAAGGAGACGGCGGUAGCAGUCGCCCGGACCCGCUCGGGGCGGCCGCGGGAGGCGUGUGCAGUGUGGUGGCGGUGUUUUAUUCGGAUUUGUAAAUCGGAAAUGUUGAUUCCUGUUGCCUCCCUCGCGCGGGCGGCCGAGGGCGGAGGGUGCGCGGAUGUAUUU